AUGGACAACAGAUAUUCCCGUGCAUACGAUGAACGCUAUAGAGGACAUUACGAUCGUCCUAGAUCAGACACCUAUCGUCCAGGGGAAAACUAUCGCUCUGAUCGAGAAUACAGAGAUGAAGCAAGUGGCAGCAACAGUGGUCGCAAUUACUCUCCCAGUGGUCGCUAUGGCCCAUCACGUUCCCCAGCACCAUCAGCAAUGAGUGGAGGAGCAGCAUCUGGAAGGAAUGGUGACCGAUAUCAAGAAGAUCAUUGGUAUGGCAGCUAUCCAGAACCACGAUCGCAUUAUUCUUCACGAGGACACUCUCAUUCAAGGUCUCCUUCACCUCGUCGUCGUUCUUACAGCAGCUAUUAUCCAAGACGAUCGAAUCCUCUUUACUCAUCACACUCUCGUCGCUCUUCUAUUUCACCUGGUCGACGUGAUUCCUAUGAUCAUCAUAGAGCAUCCUAUCAUGGUGGACCUCCUCCAAGUGGCGGUUAUCCCUAUUAUCGACCUCCUUCUGGUGGUAAUAGAUCACCUGGUGGACCACCUCCAUUUCCUUCAUCAUCGUAUUCUCCUCGACGCUAUUAUCCACCAUCCUCAUCAUCAUCAUCCUAUCCACGUCGAUCACCAUCAUCUUCUUCAAGAAGCAAUUCAGUAGCAGCUCCGCCUCCACCACCUCCAGCAUCUGCUUCUAGUGGUCCUUAUCCUGGUGCACCACCAACUUCAUCUUCAUCCACAGCUUCAUCACCUUCAUCAUCAUCUCGAUAUUAUGGACGUGAACCAGUACCUCCUUCGUCAUCACCACCACCUUCACGACCCUCGACAUCUUCACCAACAAGGUCACCAACAACAGCAUCAGUUGCUGCUGCAGCAGCUGCUGUAGGUGUAUCAUCAUCAUCAUCAUCGUCAUCUCUACAUCAUCAUCACCCCCACCACCACCAUCAUCAUCAUCAUCAUCAUCAUCGUGGAUCAACAAGUGGAGCACUAUCAAGUACUGCGUCACCCAGUGAUUCCAAAGCAUCUUCUUCGUCCUAUUCACGAUAUCCAUAUCACUCUCAUUAUGCAGGAGGAGGACCUUCACCACCACCACCUCGACAUUUACAUGGUGGACCAAGUGGUAGUCAUCGCAGCUACCAUCACCCUACACCACCACCUUAUAUUACACAACCACCUAGACCGAGACAAUCAUGGGCACCUGAUCAAGAGAAGGAGAUGGAGCGGUAUCAUGCUGAGGAUCGGAAAGCUUUUGCAGAGGAGAUCAAGAUUUUGGCUAUGAACAGGAAAAGCAGGUUUCAACUGGAAUUGGCUAAUUGGGAAACCAGCAAGUUGGAUCAUCAAUUGGAGUUGGUUCAAAAGCAAUGGGAUGAAUGUGGAUUAGAAGAUCUUGUGACAGCCGAACUCACGGUGAAGACAACCAAAGCAUAG